CAACCUCGAAGUCACAUGAUCGCUUUGACACAAAAUGGCGGACGACAGCAAAAGUUUCCUUGCGCUGUUGAACGGACUGGCUAGAAGGAACUAUUACGGACAGUCAGAAAUAACAGAUGAAUUUUUGAAGGAACAGAUUUAUCCAGAAACAUCACAAGAAGACUUUGAACACAUUCAAACUAGAUGUAAAGGACUUUUAAAGAGCAUGGUGUUGGGUGAUAUGGACAUGACUCAGCUGGAGGCUUUUCUUACAGCCCAGUGUAAGAAGAGGGAUGCUCCUCUCACAGAAGAGCAAGCUAGUGCAGUACGAAAAUUCUGGAAAUUAAAUAAAAGCAAAAUCCACGAAAGCAUUGUUUCACAAACAAUGUGGGGCAAUAGGUUAGAGAAGAUAUUGUGGAGAAUAGACUUGAAAUCUCAGUCCCGUCAUGUUAACCAGAUCAAUGCACCAUCAGCCAUAAUGGAACUUCAUAUUGGAGACAAUCUUCAGAAAGACAAGGCAGUGGAUGUGGUACGGUUUGAAAUGGAUGAUGACCGGCUAUCCAAAGUUCUAGCUAGCAUGCAGGAAAUUGAGGAGCAAAUCAAUCAGUACAUUCAGAAGUGAGACUGGGAGUGUGUUAGAAUGAUUUAGUUUUCCAUCCAGGCGGUGAUGUAAUAUGGCUGAAGUCCUGACUGUAUCUGAUAAGGUAGUGUACCAAGAUGUACGGGAAACAUAGUAGUUAUGCCACAAAUGAUGUAUUUCAUCAUGUGAAUGGGAGUGAAAUGUAGGCUGCAGUAUCAGUUGUUUACUCUGAUGAAUGUUGGUGAUUUUGUGCAUCAUGGGUGUUUAGAUGCAUAUAUGCAUAUAUGUGUAUGUGCAUGCACAUGUUUUGGUGUGUCUGUGUAUGUUUGCAUAUUUUCAUUUGUGAAUUAAAUGGUGAUUAUAAUGAUGAAAUCAUUUUUAAAAUUAAAAUAUCAACACGGU